AUGACCUCUAAUUCUGGAAUUUGGGUAAUUGGAUAUGGUUCAUUAAUUUUCAAACCUCCACCAUGUGUCUCAUAUAAAGUGACUGGUUAUUUAACUGGCUAUAUAAGAAGGUUUUGGCAAUCUAGUAUUGAUCAUCGUGGUACUCCAGAAUCCCCAGGAAGAGUUGUUACAUUAAUUUCAUUAUCGGACUUAAAACAACAUCGAAAUAAAUUUAAAGAUUAUUUCAAAUAUGAAUUACAUGAGAAUAUAGAUCAAUUAAAAGAUAAAGAUUUAAAAGUGUAUGGAGUUGCUUAUUAUAUUGAACCAGAAAAUGAACAAUUCGUAAAGGAAUAUUUGGAUGUCAGAGAACAAAAUGGAUAUACCAUCCACAAUGUUGAAUUUCAUGUUGAUAAUUCACUGGAACUUAUUCAAAGUACUAUUUAUAUAGGUACUACUGAAAAUGCUGCAUUUAUUGGACCUGAAUCCCUUGAAGCAACUUCAAAAAUUAUCAAAACUAAUGAGGGCCCCAGUGGUCCAAAUAUAGAUUAUUUAUUAAAUCUAUACAAUUCAAUUAAAGAAUUAAAUGUUAAAGAUGAUUAUAUAGAAGAUUUAGUUAAAUCAUGUAUUUAA